UGUCUCUUGGGUCGUGCUGUUUUUUGUUAAGUUGUUUGAACUGUUUAAUUUAUCUCGUAAUGUCUUCUCGGCCUGCAAACGUUGAUUUGUAUUCCAUACUCGGAGUCUCCAAAUCCGCCUCAAAUGGAGAAAUCAAAAAGGCAUAUCAUAAACUCGCCAAAGAAAACCAUCCUGACAAGAACCCUAAAGCUGGUGAGAAGUUCAAAGAAAUCAGUUUUGCAUAUGAAGUCUUAUCAAAUCCUGAGAAACGAGAAAUAUACAAUAGACAUGGGAUUCAAGGUCUGAAGGAGAAGUCUGGUCGAGAUGGGGCAUUUCCAGGGGAUAUAUUUGAGGGAUUUUUUGGAGGAUUUGGAGGAUUGUUUGGUGAUCCAUUUGGUUUUGGGGGGGUGAGGGGUGGAAGUCGACGACAAAGAGGAGAAGAUACAUUACAUCCUUUGAAAGUGACACUGGAAGAUUUGUACAAUGGAAAAACAACUAAACUCAAUCUUAACAAACAAGUCUUGUGCAGUAAAUGUGAUGGAUUAGGUGGGAAACCUGGUGCGACUCAGGCAUGUAGAGGGUGCAAUGGUCGAGGGAUGAAAAUAACGAUGAGGCAACUUGCUCCAGGCAUGGUACAACAAAUGCAAACUGUCUGUCCUGAUUGCCAUGGCGAAGGUGAAGUUAUACACGAGAAAGAUAAAUGCAAAGCUUGUCAAGGUCGAAAAGUUAUAAAAGAAAAUAAAAUCUUAGAAGUACAUAUAGAUAAAGGUAUGAAGGAUGGACAGAAAAUUAUGUUCAGAGGAGAAGGAGACCAAUCGCCAGGAGUGGAACCUGGAGACAUCAUAGUCGUCCUGCAACAGAAGGAGCAUGAGUUCUUCGUUCGUCAAGGGAUUAACUUGAUUUGUCAACACACCAUAGGCAUCACUGAAGCACUCUGCGGCUUCAGCUUCACCAUCAAACAUCUGGAUGGCAGGGAUCUCGUCAUAUCCAAUCCUGCAGGAGACGUUAUAUCACCUGGUAACAUGAGGAGAGUGCUGAGUGAGGGUAUGCCCCUUCAUAAGAAUCCAUUCGAGAGAGGUGACCUUAUUGUCAAGUUCAACAUUGAAUUUCCAUCUAACAAGUUCAAUACUGAAUCUAGAUUGAAGAUGCUCGAAUCAUUCCUACCAGCACGAGAGGACGACGGCCCACUACCAACAGGCGAACACGUUGAAGAGGUCGAUAUGAAUGAUUUUGACGCAAAUCAUGACCAACCAGGAAGUCGCAGGGAGGCAUAUCAUGAGGAUGAGGACGACGACGAGUCAGGACAACCCGGCAUGAGCAAUGUACAGUGUGCACAUCAGUAAAUCUCUGGCAACGCAUGCAUAUAUUUCAAAUAAUUUUUUAUUUACUGCUAGGAAUUAAUUUUUUAUUAGUUCAAUUGACGUUGUUAAUGAUUAUUUACAAUCGUUUGGUGUGGUAUUAGAGCACGGAGUUUAGUGGACUUGUGAAACAUCGGUUGUUUUUGUAAGAUGCUUUUCAAAUUUUAUUACUUUCAGAAAUAGGACAUUGCAACAAUCUUUUCAUAUUUAAUUCGUUAACCUUCUGUUCUUUUACAUUUUUUCAAUUGAAGUGUUUGUAUGUUGCAUAUUAUUAUUAUUAUUAUUUUGUCAACAAGAAUUUGUUUUUAUGUACUUA